GCACCUUGAUCGAAAUCACAAGUUGAUACAACCGUACAGGUUUGUAAUACAUGGAUGUAUAGAUGGCUACUCCCGAAAGGUUGUAUUUUUGCAGGCAUCAACCAACAAUGAGGCAGCAACUGUUCUUAGUCACUUUCAGAAUGCUGUUCAGCAAUACAACUUACCUUCAAGGGUUCGUAGUGAUUUGGGAUUUGAAAAUAUAGAAGUGGCUCGACUAAUGUUGCAAGAAAGAGGUAUAAACAGGGGGAGCCACAUAACUGGAAAAUCUGUCCACAAUCAACGGAUAGAACGACUGUGGCGAGAUGUGAAUCGCAUCAUUUGCGCCGCUUUUUAAAUAUUUUCCUGUUCGUUGAACAGAGAGAACUGUUGGAUCCAUCUAACGAGAUACAUUUGUAUUGUCUGCAUGUUGUUUAUCUCAAAUUAAUUAAUGAAGCAAUAGAAGAGUUUAUAGGUCAAUGGAACAAUCAUCCAGUAUCAACAGAAUGUAACUUUUCCCCCAAUCAGUUGCGGGUGCGAGGGAUGAUAAGUUUAAGAAAUUCUGGGUAUUCUGCUGUCUCUACUGUAGUACAAGGUGAAGCAAUAGAUUUAGAACAGUAUGGCAUUGACGAGGAGGGACCCUUGACAGAUAUAGAGGAAGAUUAUGGUGUAAUUGUUCCAGAAGCAAUUGUUCCAUUUAGUGAUGAAAAGUAA